ACCUACCUGUACCUACGUACUUCGGUAACGGACGUAACCGCCUAACCGGUAACGGUAGUUGCAUUUGUGAUGUGUGUUCACUGUUCUGCAUACGCGUGUCGCGUACUGUAGUUGUGUUUUCGUUGUAGCAAAGUGUUCCUUUUGAUUGUUGGAAAUUAUUAUAAUUCUUCAAUGUUAAUGUUAUACUUUUUUGGGUCGGAAGUGUCUAAAAUUUAACUCUUCAAUUGAUUGCUAUAGUCUACAGAUUCAAACAUCAUGUCAGAGGACGAUAUGAUGAAUUUUCAUCAAGGGUUCAACGCCAUAGAACAUGAUUUUUUAGCUCCAGAUGAAUUACCAGAUUCGACGUUGAAUGAUUCCUCAGCUCAUCAAAUAAAGAUACUGGAUGGAAAUUCUUGUAAUGAAGUGGGAACGGCUCAUAUCGAUUUGGAAGAUAGAAGUACAUAUGUCUAUGCCCAUGCCCAACAAAUUCCAAGAUUACAAGACAUGGCUACUCUUGUGGCAACUUUAGAAACGUUAAACAAUCAUUAUUGCCACUCUCAAAGCAAACCCCUAUUUUACGAUUUUCCAAGAAAUACGAACCCAGAAAUCGAUAAUUUAAUGGUACCGAACCGCAUCAAGGAAAAAAUGAAAGCACUUUGUGCUAAGAUGGAAAAAGAAGAAUAUUUUCUUAAAUGUGCUGAUAUCGAGGGGAAGCACAGGCCUAAUAUCCUGCGAUUGCGCAGUGUAUACGAUAAUGAUUCGGAUUUUUAUCUCUAUGGACUGGUUUGGGACGUGAAUGGUCACAUUGACCACAAAAAAACUAUAGAGAAAGCUAUAUCGCGUUCAAGGCAUUUGAAUAAUGGCGAUUUCAUAUUCGAAAUAAUAACUGCAUACUGUUUAAAGAAUCAUAUAAUGGAUUUUCCUCUGGAUUCUCUGAGCAAAAAGUUCAUCAGAACGGUGAAAGAAAACAGAUUUGUUGCAACUCAACUAACAUAUUAUUGGAUCAAUUGGAUGAAAUGCAAAAGAAAGAUUAAUCUCGAAAGGUACGAUCAUGCAAGCUACGAAUUGGCUUUGAUUAGCCUGCUUGGUUCGUUGAAAUGGUGUUUCUGCCAAGCACAUCAAUGGCCUGUGUACGAAUACUUCUGGGAUGUAUUCGAUGAAAACGAACAAGUGACAGUGACCAAGAAUUUAAUUCGAAGAGGUAGUAUAAAUAAAAAUUUCCAGAUGUUUUUAUUCUCAAAAUUAAAUAAAAAGCAGCUUAAACAAUUGUAUUCUGAAGGACCUCUUACCAUUAUUGCCAACUUUUUGUCUUUGGGAGAAUUCGAUCUAGCGAAGGCGACUUGGGAUCGUAUCAAGUUGACCAUCGCAUGUGAGAAAUACGAACUUCUACUUGAACAAAUCUGGAAGAAUCGAAAAUCAGAUGAAGAUGGAUAUGUGCAAUUUUUAAUUUAUUUAUGGAACACCGCACCACCGAACUUAAUCGAGUACAUGAUCGAGGUGAAAAAUUGUCAAAUUACGGACAAAUUUUUAAAAGGAAAACCAAUGCUUGAAAGUUCCAGUGGUUGUAAAUUUCUGAAAGCUGUUUUAUCUCGAACGACGCCCGAAUUCAAACAGAAAUUUUUGCUACAAGCUGGGCCAUGUUUAACAUUGAAUCAUCCGGAAGUGCUCAUUUCAUUGACUAAUCAUUGUUUGAACGAUACUGACCGUGUAGCAGUCAAGGAAAGUUUACUUAUUGAAGCGAUGGAGUCGAGUCCACCAGCUGGAAUUAUGCACCGUUUUCGAGAUUUAUUUUUGUACUCGAGUCCUGAAGAAUUUAACAAAUUCCUCGAGUUGUUCACUUUGAAACCAACUUUACAGACACGGUUCAAGGAGUGUUUAUUACGAUCUAAAUUACUAAUCACCAGAGUACUGUGGAGAACUAAUGAUUGGGAAAAAUUGUCUCAUUUUAUAGACGAAUUGUAUCCGAACCGAGAAGUAGCUCGAUAUCAAAAGAGGAAUGUUGUUUUUACUUUUUUACAGACUUACUGUACCUACCAUGAUUGUUAUCGACCAAAUGGCGAUGAAAAGUUUACCGAAAUUGAUAACCUCGUAAAUCAAGUUCUUACGCCUCGAGAAGUAAUCACUGCCAAAGAAAAUAUAGCCAAUAGUUUUCUAGAAAGAUGUCGAUCUGGUCGGGUCAGAUCUACGAAACGAAUGAAUAUGCUGAGAUUUGCUACGUGGUGUUAUUGCGGUGAUGAAGAAAAGAUAAAGCGAUUCAGACGUUUGCUUCCAAUUGAUAAAUUAUUUCACGCUCUUUUGAGUGAAAUAGUUGAGCGAUACGUUAAUGGCAGAGAUGCAAAGUUAUCGUUUUCAUCAUUAGACGAACUCUUACAUUGGAAAUUUUCAUCGAGAAGGAGAAAAAUGAAAAAAUUCAAGUCGCGUAAAAUAAACAAAAUCAUGAAAAGUAAGGUAGAAGUAGGCUAUUCGUGGAAAACGAACGUAUAUCCGCCUGUCGUGAAGAAAGUUAUAAAAUGGUUUUUCCAUGACGAUAGGCGUCAGAUUCGAGAAUUUGAGCAACGCUACUCAAAAAGAGAUUUGAUGAAGAUUAUUUACUGGAUGAAUUUAAGAGAAGAGUCCGACGGCUGCGGAGAGUACUAUGGGCAUACCAGUUUAGAAUCAGAUGGAGGAAGGAUCCAACGCUCUUUUGUUAGAACUAACGAUGAGUCAGAUCCUGAAUGGCACUUACCCAAUUAUGAGAAUGAUGUGUUUCAUGAGUUUGGCAUCCCACUUUUAUUCGAUAGCACGGCCGAAGAGUCUGAUAGUACAACUGAUUCUGAUUAAUUUAUAGAAUUUAUAUUAUUACUCCUACAUUUUUUACCCUUCUUUAUACAAUGUGAUAUUAUUUUAAUAUGUACCAGACCUGUGGAUCGAAAUAUUCACAUCUCGUCCAGUUGUUUAUAUUGUAAAAUUGCAUAGACUUACAGCUAUUUUUACCCAAUAAGUAUAAUCCUUUACCUUACA